AUGAGUCAAAUUCUCGAUUAUUCGCCGUCUCUGCCGCCCAAAACCUUUGUGCUUUGCUUUGAUGGAACGGGAAAUAAGUUUUGCGGCACAGAAGCAGAUUCUAAUGUCUUGAAAAUUUUCCGGAUGCUAGAUCGAAAUCAAGGGCGGCAUUUUCACUACUACCAGCCCGGCAUUGGGACUUAUGUUACUACAGCAUCCCUUUCUAAUACAGGCUUGCUUUCUCGUCUUAAAGGCUCAUAUAUGAAAGCAAAGGACUCCGCAAUUGGGUCAUCGUUCGCUGAACACGUCAUGGGGGGCUAUCGAUUUCUUAUGCGCUACUACUCUCCUGGUGAUGACAUAUAUUUUAUCGGCUUUAGCCGAGGGGCAUACACUGCUCGUUUCCUAGCCGAGAUGUUAGAUUAUGUAGGCUUGUUAACAGCCGGAAACGAAGAGCUAGUAAGAUUUGCAUGGAAAACCUUCUCAAAAUGGCAACAAAGGAGCGGUGACAGCGUGGAACAUGCCAGGGAAAAGAGAAACAUGUUCAAAUUUAUGAAGGCUUUUCGAGAAACCUUCAGCCGGCCGAUAAAACAGAUCAGAUUUCUAGGAUUAUUUGACACGGUGAAUAGUGUGCCGACAUUUGAAUCUGCAUGGAUGCAAAGGAGCAAAUACCCAUACACUGCGAGGAGCUCAGCGAAGAUGAUUAGACAUGCAGUGGGGAUAGAUGAACGAAGGGCAAAAUUUCGUCAAGACCUGAUCUCUGAAUGUCGACGCUGCGCCACGGCUUGCACCCCAUUAUCGAAGAAACACGGGCUCUGGAAAAAUAGAAAGAAUUUGAAAGCUAAAGUGCUGUCUGUCCAACCUAUCGAGAAGUCGGACGGUCAUCUUCCACCAACUGGUGGUCAUAACGAGCAUAGCAAUGACCGUAGUCAUAAGGGAAGUACCGGGAAUGCGAUGCCCCAAUUGCCUUUGUGCAUCAAUUCCUAUGAAACUGAGGACAGAUAUCGCCCGGUGACAAAUAUGAAGGUCUGGAGGGAGCAAGUUGCGCAUCUGUCAACCUACAGUGCUCAGGACUUGGAGUCCGACGCCGCAUCUGCAAGAAGUGCACAAUCACAAAUCUCACUGCAUACAAAUCCACGGCUACAUUUUGGUGAGGAUGGUAUACAGGAUAUCCAAGAAGUGUGGUUUCCUGGAGGCCACGCUGAUAUUGGCGGAGGUUGGGAGUUAAUAGCUGGGGAAAAAUGGCCUUUGAGCCACGCUCCAUUGGUAUGGAUGGUCCAGGAGGCACAAAAAGCCGGCCUACAGUUUGAUGAACGCAAACUUCGACAAUUCAGGUGCAAUAUGCCAUAUACAAAAGGGUGUUCUACAACCAUCAUUGAAAAGCCAUCGGUCAUAAUCACUGACGAGAAUGGUGAACAUCCUAAAUCGGAGGACCAAAACGAUAGCAUUUUUCGAACUUCCAUUGGGGAAGAAUUCCAUGACGCCCUUCACCUCUCAAGCACCCAGGGACAGCUCCAUGACUGUCUGUCCUUUAACGGCGGGCUUUCCACGAUGUCAGUUUUAAUUUGGAAGGCUAUGGAGUAUUUGCCCUUUCGACGAAUGGAUCUCCAAGCAGAUGGGUCGUGGAAACCGAUCCGGUGGCCACUCCCCUGUGGUGAGGUGCGCGAUAUUCCUAAGGAUGCACUUAUCCAUGUAAGUGCGAUACGGCGCAUGCAGGCGGAUCAAAACUAUCGACCAGGAAAUUUGAUUGUUGGUGGCGGUGGCCGUGGUGUCCGGCGAGCUCCUGAGUAUAUGGGAAUGGGUGAAUGGGUGGUUGCCUCGGACAAAGGGGAUACAGUUCGGGAAACAUAUGUGAGAAAGGAUUUUAGGAAGAUCCCAUUACAACAUCAUAUCGCGGCAAUUAUCAACGGACAUAUGCAGCUAUCUCAGCCAUUUCCUGUUCGAAGCCCGCUGGAUAAACAAGCCAUGAUAAAAGAUUUUUCAUACACGGCGCCCCUCAAGCCGGACGGGUCCGAUUAUCCGUGCAAAGGAUAUCACAAGGAUCCCUUCAGAGCAACCGCUGAGUACCUGCUUGGACAAAACUAUAGCAUUAAAGUAGCUGGCAGCGCUACUCAUGGCGGAGGGUCAUGCCAAAUCUCUAUUUCGCAUAACAAUGGUGAGACCUUUAAGGUCAUUAAGUCGAUCGUCGGUGGCUGCCCCCUUAAAAACGAGUAUAGUUUUACGGUCCCACGAGAUGUACCUCCAGGCAACGCAAUACUGGCUUGGACAUGGUUCAACAAAGUUGGGAAUCGUGAAAUGUACAUGAAUUGUGCACACAUAAUCAUUAUCAAAGCAAAAAAGCGACGGCAAAAUACCCAUUCUGUAUUUACAAGCCUACCCAAAAUAUUCAUUGCGAAUAUCCGCGGCGAGACGCAGUGCAAAACUAAAGAAGGGGCGGAUAUUACAUUUCCCCAACUAGGGCCAGAUGUCGAGUAUGGGUCUGAUGGUCAUAAAGCGCUGAAACCAGGCUUUAGCUGUAAUGACGAUGUGUCCGCCUCUGAUCGUGGCCUUCCAACGUCCUCCGCAAAUACGACAUACGCACCUACUUCGACAAAACCGUUACGCCAGGGUGCUUCUCCUGUCGAAACUGCUGACCUUGGGAACUAUAAGGAAGAUCAGAAUUAUGACUCGUGCUCCGCAAUGUAUAUCACACCAUCAGCGGCAUCUUAUACAUUUAGAUCAAGCAGCUCUCCCCCCUUUCCUACUGCCGUAAACUCAUCUAACAUUGCUCCUACCGAUGGCGCCUAUGACACCCCAACCGGGGGUGGGCGUUGCAUAACGGGAACUAUUCGAUGUGAUUCGGAAACUUCGUUUUCCUUAUGUGUUGACGGGCAAGGGUUUGUUUUUAUAGGUAGCGUGGGCUCCGGAAUAAAAUGUCGUGGAGGAGGUCUUGGUUGA